CGACCAUCUCCACUCUCCCUUCUCUCACCAAUCUCGAAGCUUUGCUUUAUACUGAGAGAAGAAUAUUUGUUUCUUCUUCUUACAGUGAGAGAACAAUUUUCUGCUUUUAACCCUUGUUCUUGAGCUAUUAUUUUGAUUUUUAUGGUUUCCAUGUUUGAGCUAGCUCAUGAUGAUUAUUCUUUUCUUUUGAAAUAGUUUUUUUUAGCGUUUGAGUUUUGAGGUUUUUCGUUUUUUAAAAGUAUCCUUUGUGAAGAAGAAAAUGGAAGAAGUUGAAGCUGCAAACAAAGCAGCAGUGGAAAGUUGUCAUGGAGUAUUGAAUCUCUUAUCACAACAAACCAAUGAUUCCAAAUCAAUAAUGGUUGAAACAAGAGAAGCUGUUUGCAAGUUCAAGAGAGUCUCCUCUCUUUUGUCUAGAGGGUUAGGUCAAAGGAAGAUAAAGAAACUCAACAACAACAACUACAAGUUUAGCUCUUCUUUGUUGCCACAACACAUGUUUUUGGAGAGUCCUGUUUGCAGUAAUAAUGCUAUAAGUGGUUGUAUUCCAAUUCUAGCACCAAAGCCUCUUCAGAUUGUACCAGCUGGUCCUCCUCCAUUGAUGUUGUUUAACCAGAAUAUGUGUCUUGAUAAGUCGUUUCUCGAGCUGAAGCCACCCUCUUCACGAGCUGUUGAUCCAAAACCUUAUCAGUUUAUUCAUACCCAUCAGCAAGGAGUGUACUCAAGGAGCAAAAGUGGUUUGAAUCUAAAGUUUGAUGGGUCUAUUGGUGCUAGUUGUUAUUCACCAAGUAUAUCAAAUGGGUCAAGAUCGUUUGUUUCAUCUCUUAGUAUGGAUGGUAGUGUGACGGAUUACGAUAGAAACUCUUUUCAUUUGAUUGGAUUACCUCAAGGUUCCGAUCAUAUAUCGCAACAUUCUAGGAGGACUAGUUGCUCUGGUAGUUUAAAAUGUGGAAGUAAAAGCAAAUGCCAUUGUUCCAAGAAAAGGAAAUUAAGGGUGAAACGAUCGAUUAAAGUACCGGCAAUCAGUAACAAGAUUGCGGACAUACCUCCCGAUGAAUAUUCAUGGAGGAAAUACGGACAAAAGCCGAUUAAGGGUUCUCCUCAUCCUAGGGGAUACUAUAAAUGUAGCAGUGUGCGCGGUUGUCCAGCGAGGAAGCAUGUUGAGCGAUGUGUAGAAGAAACUUCGAUGCUUAUUGUGACUUAUGAAGGCGAGCAUAACCAUUCAAGAAUACUCUCUUCUCAAUCAGCUCAUACUUGAUUGAUUGUAGUAACGGUCUUCAAUUGUAUAUUCUACUUUGCAAACUCGAAUUUUUGUGCAUAACAAUUUGGCUUCAGCUUUAUCUAUAUAUAGGUUUAAGUUAGAUAUGCAUAAUCUAGAAGUUGUUUUGGUUUGGCUUUGUUGAGUUAAACUGGUGACUCAUAUAAUUUGGUUCCUUUCCCCAAUUGAUU